AUGGAUAUUAACAAAUCUCCAACAUUUGAUGGGACUCUGAAGAGAGUCCGCACCGAGGUUUCGGAUUCCUCCUCCUCUGAUGAGGAAUCCAUGUUGUCUAGUUUGACUGUGAAGAAAUCAAGGGUUAUUUCUUUGGAUAUUUGGCCAAGGUUCCUCGUUAUCGAAUCUUCAAACGAUGGAGCUUUGCAAAAAUUAUCACCUUUUGCAGUUGAGAAGGUACUCCAAGGCUUGGCUGGUGAGCCAAAGAGUGUUAAAAAGUUAAAGAAUGGUUCUCUGUUGGUAGAAUGCUCCACUGAGAGUCAUUCCAAAUGUCUUCUCAAAUCCAAAAUGCUAUGCAAUAUAUCCAUCAAAGUCAGUGUGCACAAGUCCCUUAAUUCAUCAAAGGGUGUGAUUCGAUCACGAGAUUUGGAAGGAGUGAGUGAAGAUGAGAUAUGUGAAAAUCUCUCUUCACAAGGUGUUUCGUUUGUUAAACGGAUACGUGUUCGUCGGAACAAUGAAUUGGUUCCAACGAACACAUUUAUCAUAACUUUUGAUAAACCUCUCCUUCCUGAAUCCAUCAAGGCUGGGUAUCUAAACAUACCAGUUGUACCAUUCAUUCCAAAUCCCUUGCGGUGUUUUAAAUGCCAAAAAUAUGGACAUGGUCAAAACACCUGCCGUGGCAAAAUGACAUGUGCACGAUGUGGGCAGUUUGACCACGAGAGCAAGACAUGUCAUAUUGAUAUAUCAUGUACUAACUGCAAGGGAAACCAUUUUGCUUACUCUCGAGAGUGCCCAAGAUGGCAAUUGGAAAAACGGAUACAACAGGUUCGGGUUGCAAAACGUGUGUCGUUUCCUGAAGCCAGAAAGUUGGUGGAGACUAAGUCAGCUGUUGCUGUGGAGAAAUCCUAUGCUGCAGCAGUUAAGGUCUCUACUACAAGUACUUCAGUUCAGACGGAUUUAACCUGGCCUGAUGGUGUUGAUCGAUAUCAGAAAUUAUCGGAUGUAGAGAAGGCUCAAAAGCGGGCAGCAAAGGCUGUUCAGAUGCUGUGUCCCAAAUGUCCUUAG